AUGAGGGUCAAGAGAAUCAUCACCCGGAACGUCGCCAUUGUGGUCAACGUAUGCAUCUUCAUUGCGAUCCUUUCCUACCUGCUUCCCCCUCUCGCGGUUACGUACUAUGAGUGGAGAGUGGAUCCGAGGAAAAACAGGAGCUUGAUAUUUCUUGUCUACCAUGACAACGCUGAGAGCGUUUUUAAAGUAUCGUACAUGGUAUUAGAUCUUUUCCUACCAUAUUGUACGUUCUUCGUUUUAAUCGUCUGUAACACUGUCAUAGUCUUGACGCUUAAGUCUAAGUCCAAGUGGAGACAGUCAACUACUGGACAUGGUGUGAACCAGUUGUCCGGAAAACCAGAGAUAUCUACCAAGGAAAAGAAGUUGGUCAUCAUGCUGGUCACUGUGUCAACAAUCUUCAUCGGCUGCCUCUCUCCCCAGUCUGCAAUGCUGACCGCACUAGGCAUUGUGCGUGAGUUGAAGAUCAACGGACCCUACUUUGACUUGUCUCUGUUGGUCUAUUCGUUCACAUUUCUACUGGAGACCAUCAACUGUAGUGUUAGUGUCUUGGUCUAUUACAACAUGAGUUCAAAGUUCAGGGACAGAAUACACUCAUGGUUUCCUUGUUGUAAAUUUAAAACAUGA